AUGUCCGCGCCCAGCACUCCCACUCCCCCUCCCGCUUACGCUCCCGCUCACACCGCCGCCACUAACUUCCAAGCUCCCCUCAGCAUCCUCCCACAGCAAGACCCGGCCGUCAGCACCAUCCUCUCCGAGCUCGACCGCGCCCUCAACCACCUAGCCCACAGCCCCAGCGCCACCAUCUCCAACAUCUUCCCCCGCCUCCAGAUCACCGCCCAGCCGCCCAAUGCUUCCGCCGCCAUCAAUAUACAGGACUUCCCCGUCUGGCUCCGCGGCAGGAUCCCCAAGCCCCGCCUGCAGGCCACCCUCUUCCCCGUCUUUAACGCUGCCAUCACCGCCAUUAAGGACGCCAAGAAUAAGCCCGGCAUUGCCUCCUGCGCUAGCUCUGUUGCCCCGUCCUGCGCCGGCUCUGUGGCCCUGUCCCUCCCUGGCUCCCUCCCUAGCUCCCUCCCCGGCUCCUGCGCUCCCUCCCGCGCCGCCUCGCUUGAGCCGAGUGCUGCGGCCUCGCCCGACCACCACAUGCUGCCGCCGCCGCUGCCACUUCGCUCCAAGCUGCCAAGGGCAUCCAAGAAGCAGGCCGCCGAAGUCAUGUCCGCCGCCGCCGCCGCCGCCGCCGCCGACACCCCUCCCGCCAAGCGCCGCAAGACCAUCGCCCCUGUCGAGCUUCCGCGCCGCCGCAAGCUCUCCCUCCUCUCUGACGACGGAUCCUCCUUGGCUGUCGCAACCCCUGUCCUAGACAAAGCUGGCCCCAGGCUACAGACACUACCUGUUGGCGGCGAGUCGCCCAGUUUUGGCUUCUUUAGGGAGGAGGAGAACGACGACAAGCAGGAGGAGGACAACACAGCCAAGUGUGUUAAGGCUUGUCGCCGGCUUUUGGCCAUUAGCGGCCGCGACGGCCCCGCCAUUAACGACCCCGUCCUCUGGGGCGCCCUAAGCCUCCUGCGUAAUAGUGCGUAUUGGUUUGUCACCAGGGCUAAGGCAGAUGCAGGCGACAACAACAAAUAA